AUGGCAGACGCACCUUCCCAACCGCCCGCGACACGGCGCCCGCCCCCGCAAGACGGCCCCUACAUCCUCCGCAAGCUCGUCGCAAACCUCCCGCUGUCCGCUGACGGACCAUCUACUGACGUGCGCAUCACGUGUGUAGAGGUGUGGAACGGCAACCUCUAUGUUGGCACCUCCGCCGCCGAGAUCAUCCACUUCGUCCUCCUGCCGCCCGAGACCGACGAUCCCUCCGAAGAGCCCACGGCCAUCAUCGCCUCGCGACUAGAACCGCCCCAUAACGACAGCAAUGGGCCCGGUGUGCAGCAGAUUCUCCUGCUCCCCAAGAUCAGCAAGGCCUGUGUGCUGUGCAACAAUACCCUCUCCAUAUACUCGCUACCCGAGCUGAGCCCCGACUCGACUUUCAAGCCGAUAGGAUGUCUGUGGGUUGGAGGUGUCGACUUGAACGACGACAUCGAAGGUUCUGCUGAGGAUGGCGUAGUAGUCGUCAUCGGCCUCAAGAAGCGCCUGCGACUGGUGCAGAUAUCCGAGAACUCGCCCCCGAAAGCGAUCAAGGCGAUUGAAUACGGAGGCUGUCUGGUCUCUGUCCGCCGAGACACGUUCUCAUGCGCUGCUGAUGCGCAUUCAUAUGCCCUGUUGGACGUUGUACAUCAACAGAAGAUAGGCCUGUUUCCAAUCUCUUCCUUGGAUCCAGACGCCGGCGACAUUGGCGGAGCCGCUGAGCAUCUGGCGACUGUGCCAAAUGCGCCAUCUAGGAGCGUUUCCUCCGCUUCGCAUCCACAAACUCCCGAGGAGCACCGCGGCCAUUCUCGAAGUACAAGUUUGAAUGUGCUUGGGCUAGGCGGUCCUUCAAGAACAGCAAGCCCACGGGCUCCGGCUCAACGCUAUGGUUUCGACGUGCCCCAAUCACUUUCUCGCGACAUGUCACCGGCUCCGUCACGCUCGCCUGGCCGAGCCGCCAUGGGAGGAGAAGGCGAAAGAGCGUCUAGCCAGUCUCGAGGCGGCGCAACUUCACCCGAUAAACCUUUACCACCAGCUCCAACCGAAGAGGAGAGACCACAACCUGAAGAGCCACAGGUUCCACAACCGCCGCCCUUCAUUCCUUUGAGACCCCACGUCGCAUCACCAAAUCCGAACGAGUUUCUGUUGACAGUCGGCACUACACCUUCCGACCAAGGAGUCGGCAUGUUCGUAAACCUCGAUGGAGAUAUGUGCAGAGGUAGCAUACAGUUCAGUAGCUAUCCUGAUGCGAUUGCUGUAGACGGCGCGGGCAUAGAUUUCUCGGCCUCUAUGGGUCAAGGCAUGAACUCUGAGGAAGGUUACGUCUUGGCAGUUGUACAUCGAGAGGCGGAAGGUAGUAUUACCUACGGAGUUGAGAUUCAGCGAUGGGAUGUUGAUCCUAGUGCUGGAGAAGUUGACAAGCACUGGCUCAACUUCAGCCCACUCGGUCUGCCAGUUCAGACCAAAGGCUCACAUAUCUCGACGCCUAUAGGUAUGCGCACUGUAGUGCAGCCUUACGAUCUAGUAAUUUCGGAAGUAGGCGCGAAACUAACCGUCAGGAAGUUGCAGCUUGCUUCAUCUGAGGGAGCAGCGAAAGAGUCCAAUGAAGUCGAAAAGCGCCAAGCAAAUGCGGACCGCGAGUUUGCGGAGCGCCUGUCCAAGUUACAGUCACAGACUGUCGUCUGGGCCGGAGACCAGAUAUGGUGGACAGUACGAAACCCUCUAGUGACCCGAUUGGAUUCACGAAUCGAAGCAGCCCAGUAUGCGCUUAUUGGAGAUGCGACCCGCAUCCAGCCUGACAGAAGAGUCAUAGAAACCAUCUUAGGCGAUAUCCGCGGACAAGAGCCGCGCAACGAGUCUGAAUACCUUAGUCUCAUAUAUAUUCGUCAAAAGGCCUCGCUCAUGCUCUUCAUGGACGUGGUUCUACGUACCAAAACGAACAUCAUCAUAUUCGAAAACGAGAAGCGUAUCACCGAACAAGCGCUCAUCGAAGGUGAAAUAGAUCCUCGGGUUGUCCUGAGCCUAAUGCCGAUUCUCGAUCAAGAAGUCGUCCAGGGCUCAGACGGCAUACAAAUAUAUGGCGGCAUCACAACGCUGGUGGAGCACUUCUUGCAACAAAACAAUCUCUCGACCAUGCCAACGAAUGUCAAUGGUCCCUUUGGUGACAAUCUGUUGCAUUUCGUAAAGCGGUACCUUCAAUUUUGGAAGAAGCGAAAAGGCAUGGCAAGUGUAACAAACGAUCCGACCGUGUUCAAGACUGUCGAUGCAGCAUUGCUUCACAUACUCCUACUACUAGAUCAAGGGAGUCCAAAGGGUACUUCCAGCCCUGGUGCUCACCGAGCAGAACUCUACGAACUGGUGGACAAAGAAGUAGAGUGCUUCGACCGUGCUGUUGAGUUAUUGGAGCAAUUCAAGCGUCUCUUCCUACUCAGUCGCUUAUACCAAGGCAACUGCAAGGCUUCCGUCAAGGCGUCACAUGUGCUAGCGACCUGGAAACGGAUCUUGGAAGGCGAGGAAGACAAAGGAGGCGAACUUGUAGAUGGCGAGCAUAAGGUGCGCGACUACCUACGGAAGAUUCGCGAUCAAGCUCUGGUAGAAGAAUAUGGCGCAUGGCUUGCGAAUAGGAAUCCAAAGCUGGGUGUUCAAGUCUUUGCGGACGAUCAGAGUAGAGUCAAGUUUGAUCCUACUCGAGCUGUCGCUCUACUAAGAGACAAGGCGCCAGGCGCUGUCAAAGAGUACCUGGAGUAUCUUGUCUUCGGCCAGAAAAAGCACCCAGAGUACGUAAACGAACUCAUAGCAUUCUACCUCUCCACCGUAAUCACCGAACUCGAAAGCACCCCCUCAUCCCGCGCCACCCUCUCCCAAAGCUACGAAACCUACCGCAUCCUCGAACCCCCAAAACCAACCUACUUCUCCUUCAUAACCGACAACGCGCUCGACGCAGAAUGGUGGCACGCCCGCAUCCGCCUAUUGCAACUCCUCAGCGAAACCUCGUCCUACGACGUACAUACCGUUCUAUCCCGGCUGCAGCUCUACAGCCAGGAACUAGUCUCCGAAAUGAUCAUCCUAAACGGCCGGCAAGAGCGCCACGAAGAAGCGCUGAAACUGCUUACACACGGUUUGGGCGAUUACAACACAGCAAUAAGCUACUGCCUCUACGGCUACGCAUCCAUCCACCGCCGCGCCACCCCCGGCGCACCACCCGUGUCGCACAGCCAGAUCCCCACACGGUCAGAACAAUCACGCAUGUUUGGCCAUCUCCUCCGAGAAUUCCUUCAGAUAGAAGAUCUUUCGCAGAGGGUGGAGCGCACCUCUGAACUCCUCGAGCGGUUUGGCGGGUGGCUUGAUGUUGCCGAUGUGUUGGCUAUUGUGCCCGAUGAGUGGAGUGUGGAUGUUUUUAGCGGCUUUUUGAUACAGGCGUUGAGGAAGUUGGUGAGGGAUAAGGCGGAGAGUGAUGUUGUGAGAGCUAUGAGCGACGCUCAAAACAGUCAGACAAGUAACGAAUUAGUGGAGAAGAGGGAGGAGGGAGGGCCGCAGUUUGAGAGGGUGGAAGGAGAUCUGGGGAGGAAUGAUGGGGUUGUGUAG